AUGCGUUACCUGGGGCCCAUUCUCGCAGCACUAGCUGCCACGGCUUCGGCCACGGCGCCUCUGGGGAGGGAGAAAAUGUUCGUUUUGGAGGUCGCCCCGGGUGAAGUGAUCGAAGUUACAGAGGACGAAAAGUUCAAGAUGAUUGAUGAAGGACGUCAUUUCUUUGACAUCACUGAACUCCAGGACGUGCAGGUCUCUUCUGCCAAGCUUUUCGCUGCUGCUGCCUUCCCUGCUGCUCUCCAACACAAGUGUGCUGUGCAAAGGAUUAUCAAGAAUAUCGACGUUGACAAAAUCAAGGAGCAGCUGACUACAUACUCCUCCUUCCAUAAUCGUUACUUCAACUCUCAGUACGGCGUUGAUGCGGCUGAGUGGCUUUACGAGCGAGUGAAGGAAGUGAUCAAGGAGAGUGGUAACCCACUGGCUACAUCUCGUCUCGUGCGUCACACAGCUUGGUCGCAGCCAAGCAUUAUUGUUUCGAUUCCUGGGAUUACCCGUGGGAAGACCGUCGUUCUUGGAUCACAUCUCGAUUCGGUCAUUUCCGGUGAUCGCGGCGCUGGACGAGCACCUGGUGCCGAUGAUAACGGUUCCGGCUCCAUGAUGAACCUAGCUGUUCUUCGAGCUAUCUUAACUGAUCCAAGAAUCGCAGAGGGUGACCACCUGAACACUCUUGAGUGGCAUUGGUACAGUGGUGAGGAAUCUGGUCUGCUCGGAUCCCAGGACAUAUUCAAUCAGUACGCUACCCUUAAUAUGCAGGUGGUCGCGAUGCUGAACCAAGAUAUGGUCGGCUACAAGGGCCGCGACGGCAUUGAGCGUUUCGGCUUGGUCACCGACAAUACGGAUGCCAGUCAAAACGAGUUUCUCAAACUCGUCAUCGGAGGGUACACAGACAUUUCUUACGAAGAGACGCUAUGUGGAUAUGCUUGUUCAGACCAUGCAUCCGCGAAUAGAAAUGGCUAUCCUUCUUCUUUCAUCUUCGAGACGCCUUUCGGCAACCACAACCCCUAUAUCCACACUCCAAACGACACACUGGAGUAUGUGGACUUUGGUCACGUCUUUCAACAUGCAAAGAUGGCUUCUGGUUUCGUAUAUGAGCUUGCUCAUCACGAAUUCAUCUGA